CCGUUUCCUUGCUUACAUAUGUUAUGUACUAAGAUUUUUAAGCGUAACCAUGACCUUACUAGACACUCGCGUGUACACACCAAAGAGAGACCCCAUCAUUGUCCUGAAUGCAAAAAGUCAUUUUCCAGAUCUGAUACGUUAAAUACACAU